AUGGCCGGCAAGCGACUAUUGGACAGCGCGAGGUUAUUCAAUGCCGGACGAGCAAUUGCAAAGCAGCACAUUGCGCUGCGCCAACAGCAGUGGGAUGUCUUUAGCAAGACUUCCGGCCUUGCGAAGGCAGUCAAGAGUCAGACGGAUCGGAUCACGGUGACAGCUGGCGCGGCGUAUGAGCUUGGGAAACGAUUCAGUGAGACGAGCCCGCCAUGGCCGGAACAAGAACGGAGCACAAGUGGACCGUCAAGAAGUGAUGUGGACGGUUCUCGUAUUGACCGAGAACGAAGAGAUGCAGCUACCAGUGCUGAGGAUGGUAUGCAGAAAGCGGCGGCAGCAGCUGAGGGUGGCAUUAAAACGGCACAGGAUGGACAGACCACGGAUAAUGGCUCCCUUGCCUCUCUACGAAAGAGGGAGAUGCAGAGGCAGGCAGAAGGGCAGAUACCUGCGAUGAGCUCAACUCAGCAGCCAGAAGAAGGGCGGUCGAUGGGGCAGGAUAGCUACGAUGAUGCGCAAGAGCACCAAGACUCCGUCACGGACAAGUCAUUGAAUCAGGACGUCUUCUACACACCCGGCGAAAGUGCAGAGAGCAGUGAGCUUCCUGAAGAUGUCAAGGUCGAAGGACUUUUCACGGCGCCUCGGGUGUCACGCAUGAUGGGUCAGGGCGAGACAGAGGCUAAAAGUCCUUACGGUCAAAGAAAGAAGAUGGCACCCCAGCCAUUGCCUGAAAUGGUCGCAGCUCGAGAGCGUUGGAGCCAGGAGCGGGAGCAACAGCCUCAGCCAACGCAGAGCACGGGUUCACAGGUCGAGGAGCAGAGCGGCGCGCAAGGUGACGCAGAGACUGAAAGUCUGGCGAAGUCGAUAGCUCAGGAGGCCAACACGCCUACGGAGCCCGAACAAGGGACAGCAGUACCUUUCGAAAUGCAUGAAUCUCGAGUACCAUCUUCGAGGUUCGGAAGAUUGUGGCAAUAUGGCGGCCUUGCAACGAGUAUGGCAUUCGGCGCCUUCGGCGAAAGCUUCCGUAGGAUGACCGGUGGUCCUAGCGAAGGUAGUCUCAUGAUGAGCGAAGGCAACAUGAACCGGCUGGUGGCGAAGCUCAGUCGGAUGCGUGGUGCAGCACUGAAGCUGGGACAGAUGAUGAGCUUUCAAGAUUCAAAGAUUCUUCCGCCUACGAUCAACAAGGUAUUGCAGCGGGUACAAGACAGCGCCGACUACAUGCCACCCUCCCAGCGAGACAAAGUGCUGGUCGACAAUCUGGGCGUGGACUGGCGGGACCUGUAUUCCAACUUUGAGGAGAAGCCGUUUGCCGCUGCGUCGAUUGGCCAAGUACACAAGGCAACGCUCUCGUCGAACGGGAAAGACGUUGCUGUCAAGGUGCAAUAUCCAGGCGUACGCAACAGCAUUGACUCAGAUCUAAACAACCUGGCGCUGCUCCUGACCGCGAGCAGACUUUUGCCAAAGGGCCUGUACCUUGACAAGACCAUCGCCAAUGCCCGACUUGAGUUGGGAUGGGAGUGCGACUACGAGCGAGAAGCAAAGGCUUGUAUGAAGUUCGCAGAGCUUCUGAAGAACGAAGAGGGCACGUUCAAGAUCCCUACCAUCUACACCGAAGCCUCUGGGCCUGGUGUACUCACGGCAGAAUUUAUGACCGGCACCGCCGUCACCAAAAUGAAAGACCUUAACCAAAGUGACCGCGACUGGGUCGGCACGCAGAUUCUACGGCUCUGUCUGCGAGAGCUGAUGGAGUGGCGCUUCAUGCAGACCGAUCCGAACUGGACAAAUUUCCUCUACAACCGCGAGUCACAGAAGCUCGAACUGCUCGACUUUGGCGCGAGCAGGGACUUUCCCGACAAGUUCGUCGAGCCGUACGUCUCCUUGCUGAUCGCGGCAUCGAAAGGCGAUCGCGAAGGGUGUAAAGACUACUCCAUCCAACUCGGCUACCUCACCGGACACGAGAGCAAAGACAUGCUCCGAGCUCACGUGGACUCCAUCAUGACUCUCGCCGAGCCUUUCGUGCAGACAGCUCCUGAGGUGUAUGAUUUCGAGGACCAGACGAUUACGGACAGGGUGCGAGCGAACAUUGGGUUGAUGUUGAGGGAGCGGUUGGCGCCGCCCCCAGAGGAGACGUAUAGUCUGCACCGCAAGCUUAGCGGUGCUUUCUUGCUGUGUGCGAGAUUGAGGAGCAAGGUCCGGGCGAGGGAGAUGUUUGCUGAUGCUGUUAAGGUGUGGGACAGGCGGGAACGGAAGGGGGAGGAGGUGUCGAGUAUAUAA